AUGGUGAAUUAUUACAAAAUCCUUGGACUGCAGAAGAGUGCCUCACAGGAUGAUGUGAAGAGAUCCUACCACAAACUGGCACUAAAAUGGCAUCCUGAUAAGAAUCCCAGUAACAAGGAGGAAGCUGAAAAGAAAUUCAAAGCCAUCUCUGAGGCGUACAACGUUCUGUCUGACCCUCAGAAACGAUCGCUCUACGACAGCAGAUCUCAUAGAGAAAGAAGAGCCACAGGGGAUAAUAAAAGCUCCUUUGAUCACCCUUUCGUAUUUUCUGACCUCGAGGAGAGAUCUGAGGAAGUUUUUGGAGUGAUGGAUCCCCUGUCACAUUUCUUCUGGGACCCCUUUGGCAACAUCACAAACAAUGGUGGAAAAAGAAGAAGAGGAUGCUCCAGCCUGUUUGAUGACUUUUUGGAGCCAUUUAUGCCAUGGAAUUUAUUCAAUGCCAGUGGGAAGCCCAACUCCUUCUUUGGUGAGGACACAGCUAAGCUGCACCAUGUUAGAUCAGUGUCAACCACUACUAAAGUGAUCAACGGCAAGAGGCUCACCACCCGGAAAAUCAUUGAGAAUGGGCAGGAGAGAAUAGAAGUGGAAGAAGAUGGUCAGCUGAAGUCUGUGACAAUAAAUGGGAGAGAACACCUGAAAUUAUGA